AUGCGCGUUACAUCUCAGUUUGUUGCUUUCACAAGCAUCUGUACGAUCAUCGCUAUCGCGCUUCCACCCCCUGCCGACGCUGCAUAUAUUGCAAGCCAUCCCAGUGGCAACCGAGUUGCUACUGCUUAUGAGGCUGAUAAACCCCGCCCUAUCUUUUCACUUCCGAGGCUGACUACCGGACAUAUUCCCCACAAGCUCUCUGAGGACAGAGGAAAGUCGAUCAUCGAUACUCCUAGCUCGAGGUUCUUCAGGUUUUCCGAUUCCGACCCAUCGAACCCGCUGGCGGGAAUCCUGAAUGUUGGCCUUGCUCAUGUUCACGGUGAUGAUGAUCAUCCACCUUUCUCGCUGCGCGAUGCACCCUCACGUCGUCCUACUCCUCUUUCUCGCCGCUCGUCUGCUCUCGUCCAUGGUGCAGGUGGAAAUAACUAUCUAGUCUCCAGGGGAGCAGCCUCCACGUGCCCUUCAAAACGAAGGCUGGGCCGUCGCGAUACCUCCUGUCUUGUUUCCGGAGUCAUUGAUAUUGUGAGCGGAGAUCAAGGCCGGCACCUCGCAUCCCUUGCCCUCGAUUCUUCGACGUAUAACUCCACCAAUACUACAUCGACCAACUCGACCAGCAGUCACGCUAGUAAUGGUUCCUUCCCUCUCAAUGCGUCGAGCACCAACGGGACGCAGUUCUACUUGGUCGAUGCUAAUGACAGCUCAUUUAACAACCCUGCAAACGCGACGAAGCACGUCAUGGUUCAAACCGAUAUCCUCAACUCCCUCUACUGCGCGACUUUUGACCCGAAUCCACCUGGGCCUGAACCAAUGACAAUGGAAAUGUGCCGUCCGUCGCAACCCGAAAAUGACGUCAGAAACCUGGAUUACUCGUAUGCCAACGGCGUGGCGCCUAUCGUCGACUACACUAUAUUGGCCGCGGAUCCACACAAGAGUCAGAUCUUCGAGUACGAUCCGUCUACUGGUGUCAUCAAGCCGUUAUGGACGAACAGCGACGGCACCACUUCCUCGCAUGCGAUGUUUGUUGAGCGGGACACUAUGGCUUCUUCCACCACUGGCUCCAACACGAUGACAUCUGCCGGGUCUAGUACCACCAGCUCCACGUCCGCGCCUCAGUCCACCACUUCCUCGUCUACACCGGAAGCACAGAAUGUCACCCUUGUGUUCCGACCUUCUAAUCUUGUGGUCUCUGCUCCUCCACCUUCUACCGAUGCUGCUGACUCGAGCGUGGACGAUGUGGUAACGACGACGAUUACCACAACGGUUGUCUACACCGCUACCGCAACCCCGUCUUCAUAUUCAUCAUCCGCUGCUGGAAGCCCUAUGGCCGCUAUUGCUGCGCUUACCAUGACAUCUUCAUCAUGUUCGUCAAUGUCAGUAGCAUGCAGUUCCACAUCGACUUUGACACCCUCUCCUGCUGUCCACGCUGCAGCAGCGGCUUUAAGUACGGGAUCGUCUUCUUUGCAACCAACUUCUACGGGCUCCGCUGCCAUCCAAGCUGCAUCGUCAUCGUCACCGAUACCGCCCUCUCCCUCUGUCCAUGCUGCCAUUAUCGCCUCAAGUCCAGGGUCAUCAUCUUCUCAGGCAACCUCCACGGACUCGGCGACUAGCACCCAAGCUACACCACCACCAUCGAUACUGCCCUCUCCAUCUGUUCACGCUGACAUUGUCGCUUCAAGCCCGGGGCUGUCGCCGUCUCAGUCAACCCCCACGGGCCCGUUGAGUACCAUCCAAGUGGCAUCAUCAUCGAUGGCCCCCUCUCCAUCUGUCCACGCUGCUAUCGUUGCUUCAAUCCCAGUGUCGUCAUCUUCUCAAGCGACCUCCAUGGGCUCGGCGACUACCAGUCAAGUGACAUCGACUUCGCAGCCCGUGAGGGGCUCACUAGAAAUCGAGUUUGUCCCGAUUGCAGAUUCACCGUCUUCUGCGUCCAUCACUUCAUCUUCCCCGCCGUCAUCUUCACCCACCUCUUCCAUUUCUCCCUCCUCGUCAUCUGCAACACCCAGCCAGAUGAACGCAGCUGCAAUCGCUUCAGCAAUCGCCAAUUCCCAUUCUAGCGUUUCAACUACGAGCACUCCUAACACAAGCAGUUCUUCUGUUAGUACAACAGUUGCGCCGGCAACCACAAAAUAG